AGGUGUUUCAAGCUGACCGCUAAAUUGGCAAUAAAGUCUGCUUGAGAAAAAAAAAACGUCAGAACGGUUAUGUACUGUAUGUUUAAUUAGGUCUCAGAAACGAUAAAGGAGUCUGGACUGGAAAAGGAAAACAGGAAAACCUGAGGAGAAAAAACUGAAAGUUUGGUUUGGGGACGUGCUUGUGCUUACAGCUGAGGUCGUGGAGCAGAUGGCUGUCCUCGUAUCCUCAGGCCUGUCAGCGUGUGAAGGGAGACGAGCUCGGCUCUGCGUUCAGCCCAUGGAGAGUCUAAAGUCUCACAGGACAGUGCCAUGUCCAUGACAUUUGGGUGCUACAGUUGGGCUAUCUAAGAAUUCAGAUGAUGGCAACUUUUAUUCACUAAUCAGUCUACGCCACCUUUCCAGCCAAGGCAGAACAAUUCAGCGUGGAGGCAGUGUGUGUUCACAAAUGUCCAUCUAUAUAUGAAAAGUUAAAGAGGAAGGCUGUCAUGAGAUAAGAGCCAAGUGGCAACAAGCCUGCUUCAAUGCAGGGCCUCCCAGACACACACGCACACACACACACACACACACACACACACACAAUUUUAGGCUAUGAAUAAGCGGGUAUUGUUUUCUGGCCUAGCCGAAAGCUGAUCCUCUUACUCCAGCUCCUAUCAGUGUCACACACAGAGGGCAGUGGAAGCCUUGCGUGCCCUGAUGGCCUGAUCUGGGAGCAGCAGACAACACAACUCUCACUGUAUGCUUCAGCCACACACAUCUGUUCCCAGAUCAGUGGAGACAGCAGGACAGUCUUUGCUUUAUCAGAUUGGCUUCUCAACAGGUGAAUGGCUCAUUCUCUCUCUCUCUCUCUCUCUCUCUCUCUCUCUCUCUGCUCUCCUCUGUCUCUGUCUGCUUCAGGCAGGCUAUGGGAGCUAGCUUGUUUGUAUCUAAGUAAUUUUUAACCCGGGGUUCGGGGGCAGGAUCGGCCUCUAGAUCCCACUUUUGGGAAUUUCAUUUCUUUUAAGCUCAGACAGAUUGAUAUUUGGAAUUACUUUUCUGCUUUCUGCACAUAGACAAGUGUCCCCCCUUUCUCCUCCCCUCCUUUUCCGUCCUCUUCUCUUCCGUGCGUGUCUGUGUGUGUGUGUGUGUGUGUGUGUGUGUGUGUGUGUGUGUGAGAGAGAGAGAGAGAGAGAGAGAGAGAGCGAGCAGUGCCGGGGUAUGAGUGUGUGUGUGUGUGUGCGCGUGAAAGGGCUAUGCAGUCAGUGCUCCACACACACGGAGCAUGCUUGUGAGUGGAGGCUCCGGCCAACAUGAGCCUCCCGAGCCCAGAGCGCGUCCACAGCAUCAGCCCAAACCCGCGUGCACCCUCCUCCCUUUCUCGCUCCCUCCCUCACUCCCUCCCUCGCUCCCUCUCUUCGUCCACAAGCCUCAGCCGCACCGCCUCUCCCGCGCCAGCCAGGGGGACAGCUCCCGCAGUUCCCACGGUGACGGUUGCCGAGCGCCGGCCUGCCCCAUGGAGGAAGCCCAAGGCAACACGCUGGUCGUCCGCAUCGGCAUCCCCGACCUGCAGCAGACGAAAUGCAUGAAGUUUAAUGUGGAGUCUCCUAUCUGGCUGUCUAAACAGCGCAUCCUUUGCGCGUUGAACCAGAGCCUGAAAGACGUCCUGAACUACGGCCUUUUCCAGCCUGCAUACAACGGCAAAGCGGGCAAGUUCCUGGAUGAACAGCGCACUCUGAAGGAGUACCCACUUCCCACUGUCACUCCCAUACCAUACCUAGAGUUUCGCUAUAAGAGGCGUGUAUACACACAGACCCACCUGGAUGACAAGCAGCUAGCCAAACUACAUACUAAGGCUAACUUGAAGAAGUUCAUGGAGUAUGUUCAGCAGAGGAAUACGGAGAAGGUUUCAAAGUUUUUGGAGAAAGGCCUGGACCCAAAUUUCCAUGACCCAGAGACUGGGGAGUGUCCAUUAACGAUGGCGGCUCAGUUAGAAGGCUGUGCAGAGCUCAUUAAGGUGUUGAAAGGUGGAGGAGCUCAUCUGGACUUCAGAACCAGAGAUGGCAUCACUGCUCUCCACAAAGCUGUGCGCACAAAAAACCAUACAGCUCUGAUAACACUGCUGGACCUGGGUGCGAGUCCGGACUAUAAAGACAGUCGGGGUUUGACUCCAUUGUACCACAGCUCCAUGGUGGGAGGCGACCCCUACUGCUGCGAGCUGCUCCUGCAUGACCACGCUCAGGUGGGCUGUGUGGAUGAAAACGGCUGGCAGGAGAUCCACCAGGCCUGUCGUCAUGGACACGUGCAACAUCUGGAGCAUCUUCUCUUCUACGGAGCUGACAUGAGUGCGCAGAAUGCUUCUGGAAACACUGCCCUACACAUCUGUGCCCUCUACAACCAGGAUAGCUGUGCACGUGUUUUGCUGUUCAGAGGAGCGAAUAAAGAGAUAAAGAACUACAACAGCCAAACUGCCUUCCAGGUGGCUAUUAUAGCUGGAAAUUUUGACCUGGCCGAAAUAAUAAAAGUUCACAAAGCAUCAGAUGUUGUGCCUUUCAGGGAAACGCCUUCCUACACAAACCGCCGACGCGUGACAAUAGGAGGUGGCACUCUGACCUCAUCACGCUCCCUGCUUCGUUCCGCCUCCGACAAUAACCUGAACGGGGCCGAGACGGGUACUGCCCACUCUCCCGUGCCCUCUCUGCGCAGUCUGCCCCCUCUGGCACCCCCUGGAGGUGAGGCAGCAGCCGACGGUAGCCUCCAGAGCACCGGCAGCUCCCGCUCCUCCCACUCACGCUCACCUUCUCUGCACCGCGUCAGCGAGGAACCCGACCCACACGUCCUGCGCAGACACCCCACAUACACACACGGGCGCGGCCGCCUCAGCCCUGGGACAGUGCAGCGGGAUGUCAGCCCUCCACCCGCCGGGCCUUCGCACACACUCGCUGGCGCCCGUGGGCCCAAAAGGAAACUCUACAGUGCCGUGCCCGGGCGUACCUUCAUUGUGGUGAAGCCCUACACACCCCAGGGAGAGGGAGAGAUCCAGCUGAACCGUGGAGAAAGGGUCAAAGUGCUCAGUAUAGGAGAAGGGGGCUUCUGGGAGGGCACGGUUAAAGGGAGGACUGGCUGGUUUCCUGCAGAGUGUGUGGAGGAAGUGCAGAUGAGACAGUAUGACCCUCGACUAGAAACAAGAGAGGAUCGUACGAAGAGGCUGUUCAGACACUACACUGUGGGCUCCUAUGACAACUUUACCUCGUACAGUGAUUACGUCAUUGAGGAGAAAGAUGCCAUGCUGCAGAAGAAAGAGAACGAAGGUUUUGGUUUUGUCCUGCGGGGAGCAAAAGCGGAAACACCCAUUGAAGAGUUUACCCCCACGCCUGCCUUCCCUGCAUUACAAUACCUGGAGUCUGUUGAUGUGGAGGGCGUGGCCUGGAGGGCAGGGCUAAGGACAGGUGACUUCCUCAUUGAGGUGAACGGAGUGAACGUAGUGAAGGUGGGCCAUAAGCAAGUGGUGUCCCUAAUCCGGCAAGGCGGGAGCAAUCUGCUGAUGAAAGUGGUGUCAGUGACACGCAAACCAGAAACUGAGGACGUGGUCAGGAAAAAGGCACCACCGCCACCCAAGAGAGCGCCCAGCACCACGCUCACGCCAAGGUCCAAGAGCAUGACUGCUGAGCUUGAGGAGCUGGCAUCUGCAAGGAGGAGGCGAGGAGAAAGGCUAGAUGAAAUCUUGGCCUCUCAGGAGUCAGCAAUGAGGCCGAAAGUGGAGGCAGACUACAGAGCAGCCACGGUGAAGCAACGACCAACCAGCCGUCGAAUUACACCAGCAGAAAUCAGUUCUCUUUUUGAGCGGCAAGGUCUUGCUCUCCAUGGUCCUCUUCACCCAGCACUGGAAAAAGCUCACAUUCAGCUGCCCAAAGGCAUGUCCAGAACAAAGUCCUUCGGAGCUACUGAGGAGGACCGGCUGUCUGCCCUGGCGGCAGAGCACAGGUUUCCACGGAGCUCCUCGAUGACAGACACCCUGAGAGACAGUCACAGCAUCCCUCCUCCACCUCAGACAGCACCACCUCCACCACCCUCACUCUACUACCUGGACAUGGGUCCACCUCCCCCUUUCUGCCCACCCCCUCCUCCGAGCCGUGUUCAUGAUCCCAGCCGCUCCAGCUUUAAGCCAGGCUCAGAGCCCCGACUCCAUGGCCUACCACAGACCAUGUCCGCUGAGCUGUAUGAACCCCCACGCCACAGUGCCCACAUAGAGCGACAGAAGAAGGCCCGUUCCAUGAUUCUCCUGCAAGACUCGUCCCACCAUUCUAUAGAGCCCACAGACAUCCCACGGCCCGGCCCUGCCUCCACCCCACCAGAGAGAAUCAAGCGCAAAGGACGCAUUAUCGACAACCCUUACGCUAAUGUAGGCCAGUUCAGCAUGGGCCUGUACACCCCACCACCCAGCAAGCCCCAGCGCAGGAAGAGCCCACUAGUAAAGCAACUGCAGGUGGAGGAUGCCCAAGAGCGAGCCUCGCUGGCACUGGCUUCAGUCCACUCCAGGGAGCAUUCACCCACAGGCCGACUGCCAGCUCACCAUACUAGCAGGGCAGAGUACUACCAGCAGCAGCUGCUACAGGAGCGCAGUCGUGCUCAAGCUGAGGGUGUACUGCAGGGCAAAGGGCAUUUUGCUGCCGCAAUUGCUGGGGCUGUCAAGGACAGGGAGCAGCGUCUUGAGGAGCGGCGAAAAUCCACAGUCUUCCUGUCUGUGGGCACCAUGGAAGGCAGCUCAGCCCCACCGCUGGAAUCCCCCUUACUCACACAGUCUCAUUCUGUUGAUGAACGCCUGCUCACCAGUGAACUUGGUCAGCUGCCUCCACCCGCCCUGGCACUGCGACCCUCUUCAAGUGGCACAACUUUCAUCCACCCACUGACAGGGAAGCCCCUUGACCCAAACUCCCCUUUGGCACUUGCGCUGGCCGCAAGGGAACGGGCUUUAACUUCCCAGAGCCAAUCCCCUGCUAGCAGCCCUGAGCCUAGGACUAAGCAUGAGGCUGCUGGUGGUGUGCUGUUCAUGGACACCCAGACCAAAGAGGCUGAGGGCGAGAGGGAUCUUGCAUCACUCUCCUUUUCCCCUGGAGAAAAAAGGAGCUACACAUCCACCCCCACUAGCAAGAUCUCAUGGGGGACACCAACAACCACAAGAAAAGAAACAGAGAUGGGAACAGAGAAGAAAGAGGAGAAGAAGGUAGAAGACAAGAAGAGCAUGAUCAUCAGUAUCAUGGACACAUCGCAGCAUAAGACUGCUGGGCUUAUUAUGGUUCAUGCAACCAGUAAUGGACAGGCAGUAGGUCUGGGCCCAGAACAUGUCUCCCCUCCUCCCAAAGGCAUAAUUUCAGAGAGCCCAAAGCCCACAUUAGCUGAAAUCAAGCGGACCAAGUCUCCCAGUCCAGAAGCACCCUCCACACCAACUCCAACCCCUGCCACACCUUCAACCCCCAAAGCACCUACUAGUCCUUCCUCAGAUAAAACACCCCAGGCAUCCUCUAGCCCAUCCUCAGAUAAAACCCUGGCCCAGGGAAGCUCAGAGGAAGAUGUGGAGCCCUAUUCUGUUACCUUACCACCUGCCAUGCUGUCCUCUAGUGAUGAGGAGACACGGGAGGAACUGCGCAAAAUUGGUGUGGUUCCUCCACCAGAUGAAUUUGCAAAUGGUCUCCUAGUGAAGGCACCUGGAACUGCUGCUACACCUUCAGCAGCCAAGCUAGUGACCCCCUCAGAACCAUCCCCAGUCCCAGGUCCCACACCUCCAACCGCAGCCGCUACAGCAGCACAGGCUCCUGCCACCAGCGGCCAACCAGCAGCCUCAGGGAAGCCAUCUGAGCCCCACCUGGGCCCAGAGUCUGCUGCUGACUCUGGAGUAGAGGAGGUGGACACUCGCAGCUCCAGUGAUCACCAUCUGGAGACCACGAGUACCAUCUCCACUGUCUCCAGCAUGUCCACCCUAUCCUCAGAGAGUGGCGAGCCCACUGACACCUACACGUCCCAUGCCGACGGCCAGACCUUCAUCCUUGAUAAGCCGCCAGUGCCUCCAAAGCCAAAGCUCAAGUCUCAGCUCAGCAAGGGCCCAGUAACUUUCAGGGACCCCCUGCUCAAACAGUCCUCGGAUAGUGAGUUGCUCUCACAGCAGCAUGCAGCAGCGCUGGCUGCUGCCACGGGGACCUCGGGCCCAACAAGACCCCGCUACCUCUUCCACAGACGCUCCAAGCUAUGGGGGGACCCCAUAGAACCCCGUCCGCUUGCAGGCGCAGAGGAAGGCAAACCCACUGUGAUAAGUGAGCUAAGCUCCAGACUGCAGCAGCUCAACAAGGAUACAUGCUCACUAGGUGAAGAGCCACUCAUAGGCUCACUCGACCCUGGACGCAAGUCACCUGUGGCCGGUGCCAGACUCUUCAGCAGUCUAGGGGAGCUUCAUACCAUCUCUCAGCGAAGUUAUGGCACCACAUACACCAUCCGACCAGGCAGCCGUUACCCAAUGACCCGUCGGACACCCAGCCCUGGCUCUGCUUCCCCAGAUCGUUCAGAUCCACUCGGACCCAUCCGAGGCUUCGGCCUGGCUACCUCGCCCACCGCGGCCCCCACCAUCCUAAAAUCCUCCAGCCUCAGCCUGCCCCAUGAGCCAAAGGAGGUGCGCUUCGUCAUGAGGAGCUCCAGCGCCAGGAGCCGCUCUCCCUCACCUGGACACUCCCCCAGUGUGCCCUCACCACUCCUUACACUGCGCCCCUUCCACCAGAAACCCCUGCACCUGUGGAACAAGUAUGAUGUGGGUGACUGGCUUGCCAGCAUUAAUCUGGCUGAGCACCGUGAGCGCUUCCAGGAGCACGAAAUUGAGGGCUCCCAUCUCCCAGCCCUCACUAAAGAAGACUUUGCCGAGCUGGGUGUGACACGCGUAGGCCAUCGUAUGAACAUUGAGCGUGCCCUAAAGCAGCUGCUGGAAAGGUGACCCCUCACCCGGCUCUGUCUGUAGCUGGUCUCAUCACUAAAUUUCUUUAUUUGUGUUGUUAUUUUUUUUAAUUCAUUGAGGUAUCAUUAUUGGGUUUUAAUUCAUGAAUUAUCAUUAUUGGUUCCAUAGAAGUAAGCCCAACUUAUUAAGUAGCAAAUUUGCCCCAAAUCCCUCCCCAUCACACCAUCAGCAGCCAAUUUGCCAGGUCCAUUUCAGUGAAAGGUUGACUUGCAUUAUUUGGUUUUCUCUCCUUUCCAACCACUUUUCCUCUUUUCCUAUACCCUUGCCCUACUGGGAAAACCCUAGAUACCCAAUUUCUUACUAAAGAAAGGAGGGAUGACGUUGGAAGAGGGAAGUUGAGUUGCCUUUUUGAAUAUUUUUGUAGUGGAUGAGCAGAGUGGGUGUGGCUGGGUCGUCUCUACCUUCUGCCUGCCCUCUUCUGGCUGAGGGACGUAUUACACCUGGAGAAUGUUAAACCAACACUAGUGGCUUUUUUCAUAAUCAGACUUUUCCUUUGGGGGUCCAAAGGGAAUGUGACAUUAAAUAGGAUAUCUCAAUGUAUUUACAUAGCUUUGAAAAGGGAGAGAGGCAGAAAACAGACAAGAUGAACUGUGCACAACUGCACUAGUCUCUCCCCCUUAGAUGAUGUGAAUUCCAUCAAUAAUUUAUUCAUUUUUACCAAUUAUAUACAUAUAUAUAUAUUUGAAAAGUAUAUAGAUAUAUGAAUAUAACAUUUUGUCAUAAAUAUAAAACUUAUAUAUGGUAUUCUAUUUAAAGACACUGUCGAUUUUUUCCUAAUGUUCAUCCUUUUAUGGACUGUAGCAUGAAAGUCACAUGAUACAGUGUGACAGCUAUCAGAUUUGUUAACAGUGAAUUGUUCCAUGCCCUUUUUUUCUUACUUUAUGGGUUUAUUGUGGUCUAACAAAACUCGGUCUUCCGUCUACAAUUAGGGCAGCCCACAGUGGACAGUGCAUGUGACUGACCCCCAUCUCACACACAAAUACACACUGCAAAGUACUUGACAUCUCUGUCAUGCUGUUAACAGCUCGUCAUGCACUUACACACAGUAAAACUCCUCCAUAUCAAAUUUUAUUUAAACUCUUUUUAUUUAAACUAUUUAAAUCAUCUUUAAUUUGGUGAAUUAGAAAUGAGCUGUGCAAUAAAAGAGUGCGUGUGUGUCUGUGUGUAUUUGAGUGUGUUAUGAUGGGCCACUGUGGGACAAGAUACGCAUUUCCCAUACAUGGUAGCUCAGCUGCGUGCUACUGGGAGAUGUUGAACAACUUAAAAAAAAAAAAGAAGACAGACUAUAAUUGUAAGAGGUUUUCUGUGCCACUACACAGGGGCUUGUGUGGCUCAGGGGCUCUUCAACUCUAAGCACUGAAGCAUUUGGGCAGUUCAUUUGGGUUUAUUAUUUAUUUGUUUUUAUUGGUUUUCUCUUAAGCCCCAUAGUAUGUGGAUUUUGUAGCUUGUGAAAUAUAAUGCUUAGAAUAAUUUUUAUCAAUUAACUUAGAAUGAAUUUUAGAAUAACUAAAAGGGUUAAGCUGAAAAAACUGUCCUUUCCAAACUUAUAACUGUAUAUAUGGACAAAUUAUGAAUUAUUUGUUUUUUUUUUAUAUCAAUCACAAGCAAUGUACAUAUGAUAGUUUUCAUAUAAAUUUUUAAAAAUUCAAAAAAUAUAUAGAUCUAUAUAUGAAUGUUUGGCAUAUAUGCAUAGUUAACCACCUGUGGAAAAAGGUGAAAAGAUUUUAUUCUUUGUAUGGACCGAGUUUGGGGAUGAUUUGCACAAAACAAGGUGCUAGCAUUCAAGCCAUCCAUUCUCACAUCUCUGUCUGCAUUUUCCUCCAUCCCUCCAUCCUCCCGCAAAGACAUCUGAUAUCCAUUUAACACAAACUAUAAGGAAGAAGGAAGGGAUCUGAAUAAAAACUGGCAAAUGUGCAUAUGGUGGACAACUGUCUGUGUGUGCACCCAAACCACAGAAACACUAACACUUUAUCUCUGCUAUUAAGAACCCAUACUGCACACACAUAGAAGUAGUGAAUAUGUCUGUACUCACUAUCAAUAUGCAGCCAAGGAGAACGGUUCUUUUGCAGAACCAGUUCAUCUUUCUGAUGAAGCUUUUUGGAGCCAUGCCCCUUGCACCAAGAAAGAACACUGUGUUGUAAGACCUCUUUUCUGGCGGCUGUAUCAUUUCAGAGUCAUCACCUUUCAUCACAUUGGCUGAGUCCAGAUCUAAACCUCGGCUCCUUCCACUGUGCCCUUCUAGCAGAAAGGCCUGAGUGGCGAUUGACUUUGUGGCAGUCAUUAAUCCAGCCUCACUUCCAGAAGGUGCUCAGUUAUCUUUGAAACACUUGGAUAGAGGGAUAUUUGGCCAUAACAAGGCUUGAGAAGGGAAAGGAAAAAGCUGGUUUCAGCUGCAGAUGCUUCAUUCAUGGCCUACAAAGCUUCAGAAUUUGUAUGUAGGCAGUUCUUGUGCACACUUAGUGAAGAAAAGUACCAGACUCUCUAGCGUAUACUAGAAGGAUGGCUUGUGAGACUAGGAACAACCAAACCUCAUAAUUUUAAAACAAUAGGAAACAAUCAGAGAAGUUUAUUUUAAAAAGGAAUCCAGGGAAUUUAAACUCUUGUCUUAAAACUUCCAUCUAAAUGAAUUCACCAAUAUAGAGUGGAGUGAGCAGUGAACAAAACUACAGAAAUUAGAUUCAUGUAAUGUCACCGUAUUGCAUAAAUCAAUUUAAAGCUAGAAUGGCACAGAGGAAAACUGGGUUUAGGAUCAGGACCCUGAGAAAACUGUGACUUACACUCAUGUUCUACACUGCAGAUCAUCAUUGAGCCUCUGUGAGACUUGAAAAUAUGCAUUAACAUCGAUUAAGAUCCUCUUAGAUUGAAUUUAAUCCUAGAAUUUAAUCAUUUUAUUCAUUUAAUUUUUUUUAGAUCAGUCAUUUCAAUGUGGACAUGCAAUUAAAAGGAAGAUUUACAAUGUUUGGUAUAUGAGUGUCUCAUACAGGGCUCUUUCUCAGAGCGAGAGAUGAUUAGUGUCUGUAAGUGAUGUAGUUCAGCUCAUCUCUGACGCUCUGAGCCUUUGUGCCAUGCUCACCAUUAGUCUCCUUCUUUUAUUGGUCUGCCAUAUUCAUAUCCCAUCACUCUUCUCAUCCCUGUUCCCAAUUCUGGAAUGUUUACUUUUGUUUCAGUGUCUAUAUGGAGUGCUUAGUAAUUAAAACGUGAAAGAUUAACAGAAAAAAAUAACAAUGUGCCAAAAAGUGAUUAGUUUAUAGCUAUUCAUUGACACUAGUUCUGUUGAGAUUUAAAGCUGUUAGAAUCAGCACUAUGGUGCCACCUCCUGGAAAUCUUGAGAACUCCAGACAUUUCCUAUCAUGCUUAAUGCACUUUUUUUUCCCCCUUACUCAAUUUGACUUCAGAUACACUUUUAUGUUUUGUAGAGUGUUACUCUAAUUUGUAAUUGAUCUAGUUUAUGGGCUUUUCAUGUGGUUUGAAUAUCAGUUUUGUUUUGACUGAACUCCAGUUAGCCUUUGAGUGAGUGACUGCAUUAGAUAGCUACUACCUUUAAAAGCCUUCUCCCUUCCUCUUCAGUGAUGCGCCUCAGAUACAAGACAAAUUUGAUCCACUAAAAAAAGAGAAUGGAAAUGAUUUCUUUGUAACUUUACUAUAUUUAAGAAGAUCAGUUGGGGGAAAUGUUAAAUAAACCAACAUCAUUAACAUUACCAUGCUCUGUAGAGUUGUCACUCGUUUCCUGACCAACAAAAGCACAAUAAAAAUGGCAAGAAAUGCA